AUGGAUCAAAAAGAAAUAACACUCAACGAUAUCUACAAACUCCUCGAAACGGUAAAUACAAAUUUGAGCGAUAGAAUCGAAAAGGUCGAGAAGAAAACUGAAGAAUUCCUCCAAGGUACUCAGAUACAAGUAGAAAAUCUUAAAGAACAUAUUCAAUACUUGGAAAAUGAAAACAAGAACCUGAAAAUACUAAUAAAAAGAUUGGGUAGGAACACUCAACGUACGAGACCAAUUUUAGUAUCGUUGAUUUCAAAUCUGAAGAAAGUAGAGAUACUGCGCAAUUGUUCAAAACUUAAGGGAUCUAGAAUAGUCAUUAGUGAAGAUCUGAAUCAGGAAGAGCUUCGUGAUAGAAAAGUUCUCUUAUUGGGUUCGAAAGAAGCCAGAAAUAAUAAUAAAAAAGCAUACAUCAAAGGAAACUUCCUAAUAGUAGAAGGAGAUCAGCUCACAGUAGAAGAUAUCAGUAAUAAACAACACGAUACAAACGACUAUUUUGAACCACCCGAAAGAAAAGUUUCUAGCCCUCCCUUCACCCCCUCGCCCAAAGAGAUAGAUAUUGAAGAAGAGGAACUAUCAAUAGAGAUACCAGGAAAAAUAAACGGGGAAAAUGAAAAAACAGAAGAACUAACAGAAGCAACCCAAGAGCGAGAAAUACGGAAAACACGAAGACUAAUAAAAACCAAUUCAGUUUCGGAAACUACAAAGAAGAACAUAGUCCCCACCAGGACUCACAGGAAUGCCACGGAGACUACGAGAAGGAAGAUCCAGCUCAUCCAGAAGCGACAAUACGUGGGAGUCCAGGUCUACACUUUCCUCGUCGUGGUGCAGCAGUUCAUCCAGUACUGCGGAAUGCACUCCCAUAGCAGCAGCGUCGCAGAAGGCCUAGGAAAGUACGUCCACUACGUCUCUACCGAGACGUGUCUCAAGGCUCAUCAGUUCCGGCACUUGGAUCUUCGAGUAAUAGGCGGCGGCAACAUCAGCAAGAUCAGCCUCAACGGGACCACUGAAGUAUCAACAACCCUCCAAGGACACCUCGACAUAAGCGGAAAAUGCGAAGGUAUCAAAUUCACCGUCGGACAUAUCUCGUACGAGAACGUCGUCGUGUCGGCCGCGAUAACAAUCAAGAUGUCCGAUUAUUUCACUACCGCGGAUGUCGAACGUAAUGUCGUGAAUCUUCGUUCGGGAACCAUAUGUCCUUAUAAUGAUGGAUCCUGUUUUGAUGACUUCUCCGGAGAGGCGAUAUGGAAAGCGAAAAUCGCUGAUCAGUGCACAAACAGUGGAGUUGAUGUGCUUUAUGAAGGAAAUGCAACAUUACUCACACUUAGCAAGGAUCCACCAACAUUUUACGUAAUCGUGGAUACCGAAGAUACCGUUUUCGCUCUGAAAUUAAUCAAGUCAGAGGAUCUAUGUCAUCAACGAGCUUGGCAGACCGAACAAAAUCGUUUGUUAGUAACUUUGGAAGAUUCUUUAGGAUUUUUCUACCGAAAAUCACUCAGACUACCUCCAAAUACAGAUAUGAUGAUGCAUGUACCCAGCAAAUUGCUUUAUCUGGAAAUUGCUGUCAAAAGACAAAUGGCUGAUGUUGUCUACGACGUCAUCAUGAAAAGAAUCGAGGGUAAAUGGGUGGAAUUGACACCUGCAUUGAGGAAAGCCGAUCCAGCUAUCGAACUGGAUGCUAACACCAAGGACGAAAUCGUGAAGUUGGCCAGUAUAUCACCUAUCACGUCGGAUGGUAUCUAUACCCGGGAAGAUAUGGAAAAGUUUCAACGCACGCUCAUGUUCCCGAACGAAAGGAAAGCCGUCACGAACGAAGUCGCGCGUCGCGUAACAGGAAGAGGACUUUGCAAAAUCUGCAGCGGAAGAAGUGUGGGGUUUCCUAUCAAGAAUGGGGAACAUUUUCUCGAUAUGCGGUUUUCUGUAUACCACAUUCUGUGUCGUGAGCUAUAUUACGGGUGUGAUAACGAACUAUUUCACCAUCAAGAAAGUAGCCAAGGACCAUCCGCGUAG